AUGUCUUCAUCGGAAAUUCGUCAAACAUUUAUUGAUUUUUUUACCAAAAACCAUGGACAUUUAUAUGUUCAUUCAUCAUCAACCAUUCCACUUGAUGAUCCAACAUUACUUUUUACUAAUGCUGGAAUGAAUCAAUUUAAACCAUGUUUUCUUGGUACAGCUGAUCCAAAUAGUGAUAUGGGAAAAUAUAAACGUACAGCAAAUAGUCAAAAAUGUAUACGUGCUGGUGGUAAACAUAAUGAUUUAGAUGAUGUUGGAAAAGAUGUUUAUCAUCAUACAUUUUUUGAAAUGCUUGGAAAUUGGUCAUUUGGUGAUUAUUUCAAAGAAAAAGCUAUUGAUAUGGCAUGGGAAUUACUUGUUGGUGUAUUUAAAUUAGAUCCAAAUCGUUUAUAUGCAACAUACUUUGAAGGUAGUGCAAAAAAUAAUCUUCAACCAGAUACUGAAACACAACUCUUAUGGAGAAAAUAUUUAUCAGAAGAUCAUAUACUUCCGGGUAAUAUGAAAGAUAAUUUUUGGGAAAUGGGUGAUACAGGUCCAUGUGGUCCAUGUACAGAAAUACAUUUUGAUCGAAUUGGUGGUGGUCGAAAUGCAGCUCAUCUUGUUAAUCAUGAUGAUCCAGAUGUAUUAGAAAUUUGGAAUCUUGUAUUUAUUCAAUUUAACAGAGAAAAAGAUGGUUCAUUACGUGAAUUACCAGCUAAACAUGUUGAUACCGGUAUGGGUUUUGAACGUUUAGCAUCAGUUAUACAAAAUAAACGUUCAAAUUAUGAUACAGAUAUAUUUAUGCCUAUAUUUGCUGCUAUUGAAAAAGGAACUGGUGCACGACCAUAUACAGGUAAAGUCGGUGUUGACGAUCAAGAUAAAAUGGAUAUGGCUUAUCGAGUUGUUGCUGAUCAUAUUCGAACAUUAACCAUUGCCAUUACUGAUGGUGGACGACCGGAUAAAACAGGACGUGGUUAUGUUCUUCGACGUAUUCUUCGUCGUGCAAUACGUUAUUCAUCAGAAAAAUUACAAGCCAAACCUGGUUUUCUUGCAUCACUUGUUGAUGUUGUUGUUGAAAGUCUUGGUUCAUUUUUUCCUGAAUUACGUAAAGAUCCACAAUUAGUUAAAGAUGUUAUUAAUGAUGAAGAACAACAAUUUUUACGUACAUUAACACGUGGUCAACGUUUACUUAAUAAAACAAUAUCAUCAUUAGGAAAUACAACAACAUUUCCUGGUGAUAUUGUUUGGCGUUUGUAUGAUACAUAUGGUUUUCCAGCUGAUUUAACACAAUUAAUGUGUGAAGAACGUGGUUUAGCAUUUGAUAUGAAUUUAUUUGAAGAAGCUCGACAAAAAUCUUUAAUUGCUUCACAACAAACUAGUGGUGAACAAGCUCAAGUUCAAUGUACACUUGAUGUACAUGCUAUUAAUGAACUUAAACAAUCAAAAGGUUUGAAACCAACUGAUGAUUUACCAAAAUAUGAUUAUACAUGUGAUGAACAUGGAAAAUAUGUUUUUCCAUCAAUUCAAGCAACUAUUUUAGCAAUACGUAGUGGUCAAAAAUUUGUUGAUUCAAUUAGUUCAGGAGAAGAAUGUGGCCUUGUACUUGAUCGAACAUGUUUCUAUGCUGAAGCUGGUGGACAAACUUAUGAUGAAGGUUACAUUGUUAAAGAAGAGGAUGAAAAUGUUGAAUUUCAAGUUCGUAAUGUUCAAGUACGUGGUGGUUAUAUUCUUCAUGUUGGUGUUGUUGAAGGUACAUUACGUGUUAAUGAUAAAGUACGUUUAACAAUUGAUGAUUUUCGUCGACAUUUAAUCAUGAAAAAUCAUACUGGUACACAUAUACUUAACUAUGCUUUACGUGCUAUACUUGGUGAUACUGUUGAUCAACGUGGUUCAUUAGUUGCACCAGAUCGUUUACGUUUUGAUUUUAGUUCUAAAGGAGCAAUGACACUUGAUGAACUUAAACAAACAGACCUUAUUUGCAAUAAAAUGAUUGAACAAUCAUUACAUGUUUAUGCUAAAGAUGCAUCAUUAGAAGAAUCUAAACGAAUUGAUGGUUUACGUGCUGUUUUUGAUGAAACAUAUCCAGAUCCAGUACGUAUUGUUUCGAUUGGUGUAUCAAUUGAUGAUUUACUUAAUAAACCACCUAAAGCUACUGGACGGGAAUAUUCAGUUGAAUUUUGUGGUGGUACUCAUUUAAAAACAAGUAAACAUAUUGAUCAACUGAUUAUUGUUACUGAAGAAGCUAUUGCCAAAGGUAUUCGACGUAUUGUUGCUGUUACUGGUCCUGAAGCAGAAAAAUGUACGAAAAGAGCUGAUCAGCUUGAUGAUUGUCUUCAAGAUUUAUCACGUCGUGUACGUGAUUCAUCAUCAUUAAAUACAACAUCAAUAUCAUCACGUUUAAUGUUUAAUAAAGAAAUAUUUCAAUUUAAUGAAAAUAUAUCACAAGCUAAUAUAUCACAAUGGCGUCGUGAAUCUCAACGUAAUCAAUUAAAAGAAUUAAAAACAAUAUUAAUUGAAUUAGAUAAAGCUGAUAGUAAAAAUCAAAUAACUAAAGCUGUUGAACAAUGUCGAGAUAUUUUAACUAAAUAUCCUGAUCGUAAAUGUUUAAUAGCCAAUUUUGAAAUGGGUAAUGAUACAAAAAAUUUAAGUACAGUUAUUAAUCAAAUACGUACACAAUCAACAGAUGUUGCUAUUAUGUUAUUCAGUGUUGAUCAUGCAACAGAUAAAUUUGUUUGUCUUGCAAGUGUAUCUGAUCAACAAGUUAAAGAAAAACACUUAAAAGCUAAUGAAUGGGUACAAAAAGUAAUUGGAGACGCAAAUGGUCGUGGUGGUGGUAAAGAUACUCAAGCUCAAGGAACAAAUUGUGAUGCUACACGAUUGGAUCAUUGUGUUCAAUUAGCAGAAGAAUUUGCACUUCUUAAACUCAAUUCGAGUAGUUAA